AUGCCUCAUUAUUCCGAGUACCCUACCAUCACCCCCUCAACCUCCAAACUUGACUACAUCGAGGCUCUGAAGACGGCUGUCGGUCCAGAAGGCUUGAGAACUCUUCAACCUGAUGAAGCUAAGCCUCCGGGGUUCGACGAUCUGCAACAAUCUCUAGCAAGCUCUACUGCGAGCACUCCCGCAAGGUAUACCUGUUCAACGGACAAACCUCUUCCGGUUACCCUUCGAAAUAUCAGCAAUAGCGCUGCCCUUCAUGUCGGCUUUGGAGGAGUCCUGCCACGCUGGGCAAGAGACCCCCCUCAGACAGUCAACUUUGCGGCAUUUGCGAACGGCUACCCGCGCCCUGUGCUCGCUCUCGUCGGCGCAAACGCGCUACGAGAUGCCGCUGACGAGUGGAACAAGCUCGAUCUAGGAGUCAAGUUUAAGUGGGUGGAGAAGAUUGAACAUGCUUCGUUCGUCCUCUCCUACGCGGGGAAUCAGGGGAACGUGCUCGCAGAGGCUUUCUUUCCAAACGAGGAUGACUUGAGUUAUCUCAACGUCUAUUCAGCAGCAUUCCAGCCCGGGACAGUACAGUACUUGAAAAAUAUCUUCUUGCACGAGCUCGGGCACGUGUUGGGAUUCCGCCACGAAUUUGCACCAGAGCUCGAGAAAGAAGAGGAGUGUGUCCAGCUUGGACCUCGAAAUCCGCUUUCGGUUAUGGGAUAUGAGUUUCCGCCGCAGAUCCAGACGACGGAUAGGGAGAGUGCAGAGGCUUUCUACAUGUUCCCUGGAUACUCGCUUGGAUGGAGAGAGGCAAAAGUUCCGCCGUCUUCAAAGAGAACGCCGUUGCUGAUCAAGGAUUGUGUGGCAAGAUGA